AUGUCUCGAGCUCACCUCUUCAAUUCCUCGGAAGGCUUGGUCAACAAGGCCCUUAAAGGGCUGAUCAGCUACAAUCCCUCACUGCGCUUCGAUGAGACCAACAGAGUCGUUUACAACUCGAGCUAUGACAAGACCAAGGUCAGCAUCAUCAGCGGCGGCGGUUCCGGCCACGAGCCCGCGUGGGCGGGAUACGUGGGCGAGAACAUGCUGGCCGCCUCUGCCUGCGGAGAUAUCUUUGCCAGCCCGAGCACAAAGCAAAUAGUCGCUGCCAUCGAAGCCGUGCCGUCUGACAAAGGCACUAUCCUCGUCAUUACCAACUACACGGGCGAUUGUCUUCACUUUGGCCUGGCCAACGAGAAAGCGAAUGCGAGCGGCCACAACUGCCGGAUGAUCAUCUGCGGCGACGAUGUGUCUGUCGGCAAGAAGGGCAGCCUGGUCGGCCGCAGAGGUCUUGCCGGACAGAUUGGGGUCUUGAAGGUGAUGGGAGCGGCUGCCGGGGCUGGCGGCUCCCUCGACAACGUCUACAACCUCGGAGUCGCCGUAUCGCAACAAAUCGUUUCCAUCGCGGCCACACUCGAUCAUUGCCACGUCCCUGGGCGAACCGAGCAUGCUACCCUGGGUGAAAACGAGGUUGAAAUCGGCACAGGACCUCAUAAUGAACCAGGCUACAAGAAGCUGUCCCCCGCACCUUCAGCCGAAGAGCUCGUGAAGAUGAUCCUCACGUACUGCCUUGACGAAAGCGACCAGGAGCGAGCUUAUGUCCAUUUCGAAUCCGGGCAUGAAGUUGCGCUCUUGGUCAGCAACUUUGGCGGCGUCUCCCAUCUUGAGUUGACCGCCUUGGUUGACGAACUGCUUGUUCAACUUGCCAGCGACUGGAAGAUCGAGCCCGUGAGGGUAUACUUUGGAACACUGGAAACCUCUCUCAAUGCUCCGGCGUUCUCGGUAUCGGUGGUGAACUUGACCGCUGCGGCUGAGAACUGCUCAUAUUCUGUUGAGCAGAUCAAAGACUUCUUUGACAUGCGAACGGAUACGCAGUGGGAAUCUAUGGCGGGAUCACAGUCCGUCCGAGGGCCACGCCAGGAACAACUCGUGCAAUCAACUCCGAGGGCCAAGAGCCCCGUCCCAGAGGACAGGGAUUUGCAUAUAGACGCACAGCUCUUGGCGAACAUGCUCAAAUCGGCAUGCGAAAGCCUCGUGGCUGCUGAGCCUGACCUCACGAAGUGGGAUACAGAGAUGGGCGACGGUGACUGCGGCGAAACAUUAAAAAUCGGUGCAACGGCGCUUAUCAACGCCAUAGAUGCCGAUGGGAUCGCGUCAAAGGGCUCGGUCGUCACAGUGAUGCAGGAGCUCGAGAACAUCGUGGAGACAAAGAUGGGUGGCACGCUCGGGGGCAUCCUCGGCAUCUUCUUCGUCUCGCUCACAUCCGCGGUGCAGCACAACGUCGACUUGGCCAAGUCGGGGCUAGACACCACAAGCCUUUGGGGCAAGGCCGUAUCCAUUGCGCUGGAGAGCCUGGAGCGGUACACGCCUGCAAAGGUGGGCGACCGUACGGUUAUGGACACUCUAAUACCCUUUGCUCAGGCUUUGAAGGACUCUGGCGAGUUUGAUAAGGGCGUUGAGGCAGCUGUUCAGGGAGCAGAAGCUACCAGGGGCAUGACUCCCAGACUUGGACGUGCCACGUAUGUUGCGGCUGGUGGCAGUUUGGGCAAGGAAUUGCCUCCUGACCCUGGUGCAUGGGGAGCCAUGGUGGCGAUCAAGGGCUUGAGAGAAGGGAUGGAAAAGGUCUUGUCGUGA